AUGAAUACCAGUUCCCUCCAUAGGCCGUUCUUAUCUCCAUGGAGAGCUCUUGGUGCUCCCCCAUCGAUUUAUUCCAGAAAAUAUGCUCUUUCGAGGUUCCCUGAUCGUAAACCUGGCGUCGGACGGUUCUCCUCUAAGAGAGGAUUCAAACAGGAAAGUGAUCCAUCUACAGGGGAGACUUCGCUAUGGAAGGAGAGUCAAAGGCGACCUGUGGGUCAUUCUGAAGAAGGCAUCAAGAGGCUUCUACUGGGAAACAAUACCCUAACCGUGACCAGGCAACUCGAAAUGCUGAACAUAUUCAUCGGUUUCGAACAAGCGAAUAAAUAUACGAUAUCAAAUGAGAGUGGGGAGCCGUUGGGCUUCAUCGCAGAGGAGCCCCGUGGCUUUCUAUCUACAUUCUCUCGCCAAAUAUUCCGCACUCACCGACCAUUCCGUGCCAUCAUCAUGGAUCAUGAUGGCACACCUAUACUUUGGAUUCGACGGCCUUUCGACUGGAUCAACUCUCGCAUGUUUGUUUCGCGCCUGAAAGACUUGCACGAGUAUACAGUUGACAAGGAGCCUGUUCUCGACACGUUCGCCGAGGUGCAACAGCGUUGGCAUCUCUGGCGUAGGCGUUAUGACCUCUUUCUGAGAGAUACUCCUCAUCGUAUCUUAUCAGCCGUUGACGAGCCUCAACCAGAACCGGAAUUAGAUACAGAACAUUUUAGUCAAUUUUCUCGGAUAGACGAGGGUUUAUGGGCAUGGCACUUUAAUCUCCGAGAUGAACGUGGCCAGGAAAUUGCUACUAUCAAUCGUGCAUUCCGUGGAUUUGGGCGCGAGAUAUUCACAGACACAGGUCAAUAUUCUAUCGACUUCGCACCGAGGCCGGCGACCACGGAGACUUCUGUCCUUCGCACACUCAAUCUUGAAGAACGUGCUGUGAUCCUAGCGAUGGCAGUCAACGUGGAUUUCGACUAUUUCUCCAGACAUUCGGAGGGAGGGCAUGGGAUGGGACUCCCCUUCUUUUUCGGAGGAGGGGAAUGAGGCUGUCUACAUCUACGAUUCAACGUGUAUCCCCGCGUAAGGUCUGAGAUGCAACUCCAGACUAUGAUAUAGAUCCUUUAUCUAGUGACAAUAUGAAGCGUAUGAUGAUACAUAUCUAUAGCCAUACAAAAAUCAUAAAUAAGCUUAUACGAUCUC